CAUUCAGGAGCGAGGAAAUCGAUAGAGAUCAGUAUUUAUUUAAUUUAAAGGACAUUGGUCAUAUUUUGGUUUAUUGUCAAGGUUAGAUCACGAAUCUGCUUUUAUUUUUUAUCCAAAACUUUUCCUUCUUGGGUUAUUGAAUGGGGAAUAUUUAAGUAGGCCGCCAUCUUGAGGAAAGUGAAUUAUGCCAAAUUAAUUGAUGACGUCAACAGUAGGUAACAAAGUAAACAUGAUAUGCGCCAAAGAAUACAAAGCAAGUUUACUCUCUGUGGGUAUAACUUUGUAAAGACUGGACAAUACUGCUCUUUAUGGUGCUCAGCUACAGGUAUCAGACAACGUUAUUGUUGUAAUGAAACGUGUUUAACGGAACCGCAACGUGUCGAAUACCUCAGAUGUUCGGUCUUUUCUUGGCGGCUAAGAAUGACUUCGGUAUGGACGGUAUCACCUAUCACAGACAUUGAGCAAAAGAGUACAACAUGUUUAACUUCCGUUCCGAUUUGCGGUACGAUACUUCGUUGUUAUUGUCGGCCUCCCUGGAUCUAAACAUCUUCCCCGCACACGCUCAAUAAUAAGGCAUACUCAUGUGGUUACUCACUUCACUUGGCACGCACCUCUCGACGAGACAUGUAUUGUCCAGUCUACGGCUGUAACAGCGAUAGCAAGAAACAAACGGACUCUCCAACGCACUUUUUCACCUUUCCGUCUGGAACAUCAACGACGCAAAAGCAAAGACGAAAAGUGUGGAUAGAAUUUUGCAAGCGAAAAGCGUUCCGACCUUCAUCGUGCACAAGAAUAUGCUCAAAGCAUUUUGAGGAAGACGCGUAUGAACCAGGAGGUUCGCUGCAGUUUCUAGCGCUGUAGAGGUCGCCACGGAAAAAUCAAGAGCCGCCAGUGUGAGAAGACAACGAGAAAAGUAACAAUUGCGAUCGAUAAAGACCCAAACUGUCAUCAACGCGACAUACCGUUUCUUUGACGAGAAGCAACAAGAAUGUUUAUCAACCGAAACCGAAACGACAGAGGCGAAGCUAGGGAAACCCCAAAAUGUGACAACAAUAGUGGUGCAACUAUCACCGAGCCCGAAAGCGAAGUAGAAGUGAGCAGUGGCAGUGAUAAGUCGGUUGAACAGGACCCUAUGUAUGUGGACAGUGAAAAUCAACCAUCAGAUAGCGAGGAUAGUUUUGAGGAAGAAGAGUCAGCUGUCAAUGUCAUCUUAAAGCGGGGAAAACCACCAGAACAGCAAAUGAAGUUUGUGGUGUUUGAGGACAGCGUCUUGGAUGUGUUUGGCACCUGUUACAUAUGUAACGGUGAAUGUAUUGUCACGGUGGAAAAACAACGGGGAUCAUUGUGUACAAUUAGCAGCCAAUGCCUGAAGGAAAGCCGCCAUUGUUUUGUGUGGGUCACCGGUCCAACUGUGCAUGGUAUGCCUGCAUUCCAUUUGCUGCUGGCAUCAGGUAUUCUAACAACUGGGAUGGAGGUGUCUAAGGUGUUGCGUUUGUUUCAAGCACUGAAAAUCCCAAAUGUGAAACAGCGAGAGUUCUCCAGAAUUUUCAGGUACCAUGUCGUCCCUACAGUCUACGACGUUUAACAAAAAGAACAAUCGUCUAGGCUGGCUGAAGUCGCAAACAAAUCUGUUAUUGUUGUAUAUGACAUGCGGGUCGAUAGUCCUGGACAUAUAGUGGUCUUUUGGGUUCAGGGAGCAUAUUGAAUGCCGAAAGAAACAUCAUCUUGAGUACACAAGUAAUCAAGUCUACUGAGGUAAAGAACUCUAACGCAAUGGAGUUGGAGUCACUGAAGCGGCACCUAAAGUAUUUAGAAGAAAAUGGUACUAGUACUAGUGUUUCAAAACUGGUGACAGAUCGCUAUGGGCAAGUGUCUACCUAUAUGGCAAAUGAACGACCGCAAGUUGAACAUUGCUAUAAUGUGUGGCAUGAUGUAGCAAAAAAUAAAUAAAAUAUAGAACCAUAAUUAUAGCAUUAUCAGAGGGGAAAUCAGGCAAGGAGCAAUUAUUGCUCAUGAUCUUUGAGUUACAUUAUGGCAUGUGAAACAGUUUAGGUAGUGUCAAAAUAGGUUGUGGUAUAAUACACUCUUAUAUUAAUAAGAAAACCAUAAGAGAGAAUUAAGAAAAGAUUGACAAAGCUUGCAAAGAAAAGGAAAUUCAAAUCGAUUGGGCCAUACAUUCAUGUUUGGAACUCCAGUGAAACUGCUGAUGAGCGAGAGGAGAAAUAGCGCAGUAUCAUGAAUCACAUUGCCAACAUACAUGAACAUGAAGGGCAUGUGAUCUUCAUGGAAUGUGAACAUGAUGUGAUUGAAAGAGCCUGGCUUAAACCAGGGUGUGCAGCUUACAAAAAGCUGGCAGAGGUACUGACAAGACCGCGUCUCAUUGCGGCAAUCAGGAAAUUGUCCCAGUAUCAUCAAACAUCAGGGUUGGAGGCCAGGCAUGCACUGGAUAAUCUUCUUGCUUCAAAGAAUACCUAUCAUUCUUAUCAUUCACUGAGUGCAUGGUUAUUCUGUGCAAAUCUACAUUAUAACGAAAACAGCAAGCGUAAACAAGCAACAAAAGCUGACAGCACUGCUCAAUGGGCAAUUGUUUAUCCAAAAGCUUUUAAAGGCGAAAAAGCUGUUGCCAAACCAUUGAAAGAGAAGCCUGCUUAUGGAUACAUAGAUGUUAUAAUGAGUCAAGUUGUACAAAAUAGAGUCAAAUACAGUACUUUGAAGAAAGCUAGAGUUCAUGCAGAGAAGGUGUUGUCAGUCGAGCCACAAUCUCUGGUGCAAAAGUACUUGGGCGGAAAGGAAGGGCCAUCUAAACAGCUAGUGGUGGACGGCAGAAAGUCGCGAUUUUCUAAGCCAGCUUUACCUGUAAGUAAAGAGCAUGGUCCAAAUCACACACUUUGUGUAUGUAAAGGAAAAUGUGCCCAGGGUCGUAACUAGAACGAUAAU